UCGGCGGAGGGGAGAGGGCCCAGGCUCUGUGAGGAGUGAGGUGAGACGCUGACGGAGGAUUGAGGGCCCCAUAGAAUCACCCCUGCCCCUGCUGUGACCCUGGGAGGCCCCAGAACACAUUUCACCACGAGAUGCCUCCCGAAUUCAGCCUCGGGAAUCUGAGGGGUGAGAACGCAGGUCAACAGGCGGUGGGGGCCCAGGCUCUGCCGGGGUCACGGGGAAGACACAGAGGGAGGACGGAGUGUACCUUACACUCCAGCAGAGAGGGGGACCUCGGCCCCGGGCAGGGCGGCCAGCUGCGGUGGGUGUUUGCUUCUUUCUUCGGGGUCGCACGGAGGGGAGGGCCUUGGUCCGAGGGGAGCAGUGACGUCAACAGAGGGAGGAUUCUAGGGUCUGCCAGGAAUCACGGGAAGAACAUUGGUGAGGAUUAAAGGCACGAGUUACCCCCACACCCCCGAGAAGGCCCCCCUUCCCCCACAGAGCCUGGCUUCCCUGUUUUCUGUGCAGGGAGGCCCCGUACAGGGGCGGAAUGGGGCGUUGUUCUUCUCUACCACGAGGUUGGGGGUGGGCGGUCUCAGGGAGGUGAGCACCUUAGUCCGAGGCGUGAGGCCAGCCAGCAGACGGAGGAGUCCCAGGACCUGCCAGGCCCGAGGUGUGCACCCUGGUGAAGACUGAAGGGAGGUGAGCACCUUAGUCCGAGGCGUGAGGCCAGCCAGCAGACGGAGGAGUCCCAGGACCUGCCAGGCCCGAGGUGUGCACCCUGGUGAAGACUGAAGAGCCAUCAUGCCUCGCCGCCACGGCCACCAUCACAGGAGUCUGCGCCGCAGGGUUCGGGAAGCUCUUCAGGCCCAAAUAGAGGCGCAAGGCCUGGUGGGUGCGCAGGCUUCCAGGGCUCAGGAGGAGGGGGCGGCUGCCUCUUCCUCUGCUGUCAUCCCAGGCACCCUGGAGGAGGUGCCAGCUGAUGCAACACCGAGUCCUCCCCAGAAUCCUCAGGGAGCCUCCUCCUCCCCCACUGGCCUGGCUUCCAAUCCAGGGCACCACUCCAAUGAAGGCACCAGCAACCAAGAAGAGGAGGGGCCAAGCACCUCCCAGGACCCGGCAGACCCGGUGUCCAUUCCAGGAGAGGCACUAGAAGAGAAGAUAUCUGAUAUGAUUCAUUUCCUGCUCCUCAAGUAUCGAAUGAAGGAGCUGAUCACCAAGGAAGAAAUGCUGGAUGUAGUCAUCAAAGAUUACCAAGAUCACUUCGCUGAGAUCUUCAGAGAAGCCUCCAGCUGCAUGGAGCUGGUCUUUGGAGUCGACGUGAAGGAAGUUGAACCCGUCGGCCAGUCCUAUAUCCUCGUCACCUCCGUGGGCCUCACCUACUAUGAGGAGCUGAAUGAUGACCAGUGCUUUCCCAGGGUUGGCCUCCUGAUAAUCAUCCUGGGCUUGAUCUUCUUGGAGGGAGAUUGUGCCCCGGAGGAGGCCAUCUGGGAAGGGCUGGGUAUCAUGGGGGUGCAUGCUGGGAUGGAGCAUGUAAUGUAUGGGGAACCCCGGAAGCUCAUCACCCAGGAUUGGGUGCAGGAAGGGUAUCUGGAGUACCGGCAGGUGCCCAACAGUGAUCCUGCAUGUUAUGAGUUCUUCUGGGGCCCAAGGGCCCGUGCUGAAACCAGUAAGAUUAAAGUCCUGGAGUAUGUGACCAAGAUCAAUGGGUGUGAUCCCAGAUCCUUCCCACUCCUGUAUGAAGAAGCUUUGAGAGAUGAGGAAGAGGGGGCGUGAGCAGGAGUUGCAGGCAGGGCCGAUGGGGGGACAGGGGCAGUGCACAUCUAGGUCCCCUUCCAGCAGCUCCUCCUGCCCCAUGAGAAAUGAGUUGUUCUUUACUCCGUGUUUGAAGAGAUCAGUUAGUGCUUUAAGGUAAUGGAGGGCCCAAGUAGCUUGGGGAAACCACCAGUGCGUAACUUUUUUGUGCUGCUGUUAUAUUUGGGUGACUUAGAAAUUGAUCUUUGUUUUCCUUUUGGAAUUUUACAAAUUUUGUUCUGUUUCAUAGAAGAUUUAAUUAGCUUCAGCAUCUAGGUUGGUGAAUGGUACUGACCACACAUGUAAUUUUGCUAAUCAAAAGUAAGAGUUUGCUAUUUUGUAGAACAACUAAGGAGACCUUCCAUUUAAUUUUGUUGCUUGUAACAGGGUGUAAUUGGAUUUUAAUUCUCAUGGGAACUUUCUUGGAAAUGUGAAAGAACAUUGCAUUUAAAUAUAUGGAGUUGUGAAAUAGAGAAAUAAAAUUUAAA